GUUGCUUGCAUUCGCUGCGAAUUUUUUAGUUUCUAUAAAAACGUCCGCGCUGACCACAAACGGUAUCAGUUCACAGCUAACCCUAUCUAGCACAGCAACAAACUCAACUAAAUAAACUAUAAUGUGUCGCUUUUUCCAAAUCCUGCUCAUCGCCUGCCUGGCCGUCGCGCUCUGUACCGCUGAAGCGCCACGCUACCGCAGCCGCAACGGCCGCCUACAACUAGCCAAGCAACACAGUCGUUUCUUGGCACGCCAGGAAGUCGCUGAAGAAGCUGGUGUUACGCCAUACCCCUCCGCCAAAGAAUUGAUACCCGAGAUUCCAUUUGAUGAAGCUGCAGCUGCUGCCGCUGCACCGGAGGUACCCGUUGCGCCUGAAACUGAUGUAAAUGUUUCUGUGAAUGUUGAUCUCCCUGCCGAACAGCCACCAGCUGAUGACGAGGAAGAGGCGGUUGAAGCUACUGCCGCUGAUGAUGCUGAGGAUGAACACGAGCCGGAUCUCAUCUAUGGCCCACCAGAGGCUGAGGACGUGCCAGCUGUGAACGAAAUCACACCCGUUGAGGAAAUCGAAGCCACCAUUGCCGAGGAAGAGGAGCAAGCCGAAGCCGCCGAGGCUGCUGAGGAGGAAAUCCAAUCUGCGCGUUUGACAUCUGGUCGUCGCUUCAACGUACGCAAAUUCUCGGCACGUCCAGCCAAGUUGCGCGCUCCUGCUUCUGCCCGUGCACGCACCACUGCCGUCAAGUCCGCACGCAUCGUCAAAGCUAAGACAUCGACCAAAGUCCGUCCCGCUCGCCUACAGCAAUUGCCACAACAACAGCAAUUCUUCGUUCCGCAACAAUUUGCCGCACAGCAGCAGGCACAGCAACCCUUGUUCUACUAUUCUGCCGCUCAAUUGCAACAAUGGUAAAAUUGGAUGCCGAUUAUUCGGAAAAGGUUAUAAAUAUUUAGCAUAAAAAAAUGUUAACAAUUAGAACUAAGACAAGAGGAGU